GAGGAAAAUGGACCCGGCGCUUUACGUCUUGGCGGCGGCGCUGCUGGCGGCGCUGAUCGUCUUCGUCACCCGCCUGAGGGGACCGGCGCGCGCGGCUGAUGAGGAGCACCAGCAGAAUGUGGCGCCAGCUGCAGUGGGGAGACCUCAGCCCCUCGCCCCUGAGCGGGGGGAAGGGAUGCCCAGGCGCCGGCGGAACAUGGGGAGCCGAAUUCUGGCUCAGAGGCGGUUGCAGCAGGCCGAGGAUGCGGCAGAAGACGAGAACGAUGGAGUUGAAGCUGCCGAGCCCCUCGUUUCUGGGAAGAUCGGAGCGAAGAAACAAAGGAAGUUAGAGGAGAAGCAAGCCAGGAAAGCUCAGCGAGAGGUUGAGGAAGCCGAACGUGAGGAGCGAAGGAAGCUCGAGCAGAAACGGGAGGAGGAUCGGCGCAAAGAGGAAGAGCGUCUUCGCCAGGAAGAGGAACAGAAGGAAGAAGAGAAGAAGAAGGCUAAAGAGGAGGAGGAGCAGCGGGAGCACGAGGAAUAUCUCAAGUUGAAGGAGAGCUUUGUCGUGGAAGAAGAAGGGGUGGAUGAAGCCAUGUCAGAGGAGGAGUCCCGUAGCUUCCUCUCAGAACUUCUCAACUACAUUAAGAGCAUGAAAGUGGUUCUUCUGGAAGACUUGGCUUCUCAUAUGGGAUUAAGGACACAGGAAGCGAUUAGUAGAGUACAAGAUCUGAUGGCAGAUGGAACGCUGACAGGCGUCAUCGACGACCGCGGCAAGUUCAUCUACAUCACGCCAGAGGAGAUGACGGCAGUGGCCGAAUUCAUCCGCCGGAGGGGCCGCGUCUCCAUUACCGAACUCGCUCAGCAAAGCAAUUCUCUCAUCAACCUGGAGCCCGAGGCCAGAGCGAUCACUAAGGGCAUGGCCUGA